AUGGAUUCCGACUCGGACCUCGAACUCUCACCAGAGACUCUCAGGGCUCUUCAGCAAGUCAUGCAGGAGCAGCAGGACCAACAAGAGCGGUUCGAGAAACUCCGUCAGCAAGCUGAGGAACGCUUCGACCAAGCCCAGGAGAACGACACUGAGUCCAAGGAACUACCCGCGGUGACCAUGGAUUUUUUCAGAGAAGAUUGGCAGCUCAGUCAAUUUUGGUACGAUGAUGCGACCUCGGAAAAGUUGGCGCGCGAGAUUCUGGACCAAACGGACGCCAACAGCGUGGUGUGCUGUAUCAGCUCCCCUACGGCCUAUGUCAAACUCAUGUCAAUGAACCCACCCAACACCAACAACCUGUUCUUGUUCGAGUACGACACUCGCUUCGACGUUUACGGCAGACAAUUCAUCCACUACGAUUACUCCAAACCCCUCGAGUUCCGUCUCUCAGAAGAACUCAAAGGAUCCAUCGAUAUGAUCGUGGUGGAUCCACCCUUUCUGAGCGAGGAAUGCUUAACAAAAACUCUCGAGACCGUGAGGCUCCUGUUGAAAAAGGGCGGAAAGGUUGUCCUGUGCACCGGUGCGGUUAUGUUACCGAUCGCAAAGCAGGACGGCCUCGAAUUAACAACCUUCCUUCCUGGACAUCAGAACGGACUUUCCAAUGACUUUAGGUGUUAUGUCAAUUACAAGUCUGAACAGUUUCCAUUGAAGGAGCAGGAGGGAUCUGAACAGCCAUGA